UGUGGGCGGGGCCAGCUGAGUGGGCAGUGAGGUGGUGACCAUGAUCGCCACAGGGGGCUUGCUGCGUAUCAAUGCACGCCGGCAGGACUCUCUGCGUUCCAAGACACGGGCGGAGAACCGGAGGAAGAGGAAGGCCAGGAAGAAGAGGAGGAACGAGGUGGUGGUGGUUCAGGGGAAGCUGCAUCUCUUCUCCCUUUCCGGGCUGGUCGCUGCUGUGGGCUUGGUCAUCCUGCUGGUGGGCGUGGCCAUGGCCAUCCUGGGCUACUGGCCUCGGGACAGCCUUCUCUACCCAGGACCCACCAGGGUGGCAGCGGUGGGUGAGGAGUUGGUGAACCGCUCUACCGGUUUCACUGGGACUAAUGGCACAAACUCUGUCCAGGCACCACGCAGCUUCCUGGAACAGUUCCUGGAUAAGUACCUCUACUCAAACAUGCUGAAGGUUUUAGGACCUCUCAUCAUGGGAAUUGGCAUCUUCCUCUUCAUCUGUGCCAAUGCUGUUCUGCACGAGGACCGAGACAAAAAGACCAAAAUAAUCAAUCUCCGAGACAUCUACUCCACGGUGAUCGACGUCCACAGCCUGCGCAAAGACUGCUCACCACUCAAUGGCUUUGUCAACUACGUCCAAUCAAAAGGUUUGGAGGGGAAGUCAAGCGCUGCCUAUGCUGCUGCCCUAUUGGCUAGGACAUCCCCUCGGCAGUGGGAGAGUGUGAUUUCAGCAGCCCCCUCUGUCCACUCCUUUACCCUGCCCCUGACCCGUUCCUCCCAUCGUUCCAGCCAGCAGCACCAGCGCCGGCCGUCAGCCAGGGCUGAGGCAGGGAGGGGGAACAGGGCGGGCCUCGGGGGCCUAGGGGAUGCUGGGGGCGAUGGAGAGGGGAAGGUGCAGACGGGGAGGACUCAGGACUGGGUAGAGGUUUCCAGGAGCAGCUGCAGCCUCACGGGAGCGACACAGGGCUCCCAGGCCCAGCUCCUCCCCUCUUCCCCUGACCAAACCCACAGGCCCACGGCCUCCCACCUCUCCCUCAGCGCUUCCCCCCCCUCCGGCCAUGCAGUGGACCGCUCCAGGAGACUGAGCUGCCCCCGGUUAGACAGCUACAGCUGCACGGGUUAUACUAAACUAGGGAGCAUGGGGGGGGAGUCGUUCGAGUCCAGUGAGGUGGCUACCUUCAGUCACAUAACAGUUCUGGACAGAGGUCAGAGGUCAUUGGAAGCUGGCGAGAAGGAAGAGAGCCAAGCAGGAAGUGAGGCUUCAGAGGGAGCAGGAAAACGGAAGUACUCCAACAAAGAGAAGCUACAGAUAAUCUCUCGGACGGACUCGGGGCUUGACCAAUCACAGGAGGUGGAAUGCCUGGGACAAGAGGGGGAGGGGCCUGGAACCUGAAGCUUCG